AUGCCCACCCCURCCUCGCGGCCCCGCCUGCCUCUGGUGCCCCUGCUGCUGCCUCUGCUGCUGGCGCUCUCAGGAGUGGCAGGUGAGGAGGAGCCACAGGUGAUUCAACCUGUGAAGUCGGUGUCUGUAGCAGCAGGACAGUCAGCCUCUCUGCGGUGCAUUGUGACCUCCCUGCUCCCUGUGAGGUCCAUUAAGUGGUUCAAGGGCACUGAACGGGACCGGCAGUUGRUCUACAGUUUCGAAGAAGGUCACUUCUCUCGGAUAACAAGUAUGUCAGACGUCACAACGACAAACAACACGGACUUUUCCAUCCGCAUCAGCAACCUCACCCUCGCAGACGCUGGCACCUACUACUGCUUGAUGCUCAGGACAAUAAGCGAUGGCAACGUGGAAGUGAAGUCUGGACCAGGCACCCUGAUACUUGUGCGUACUGAACCCUCCCCUCCAGAGAUCUCUGGCCCCUCCGGCAGGGCCAGCCCCGGCCAAGUCCUGAACCUCACCUGCAUCUCAAGGGGCUUCUUUCCCAAACACAUCCACCUGCAAUGGUUCAAAGACGGCAGGGAGCUGCCGGCCUUCCACACCCUGGUCUUCCAGCCUGGAGAGGAC